GCAUGCUUGUGAACUUAUCAUUCAAUGCCAAUCCUGCGGCAUCACAGGACUGUACGUAGUCUUACAAUGCGAUUUCCGUUCGAUUUCGUUCGAUUAUGUGCUGCGUUCGAUUUUUCUAGAACAGUUAUUCCGCAAACACAGUGCAUUGGUCUGUGAAAUCAUCAAAGUCAAUAUAAUUAACGGCUGUGAAUUCAUUUUUUUUUGAACUUCGAUAAUGGAAACGGAUAACAAAUUGGUGUUUGUUUUUUUUUCGUUCCUGGUAUUUGCUCAUUGCACGGAUGUGAACUCGACCGAGGGAAACGGCGUGGAGCCGGACGGUGAUGGACAUUUGCGGCCCGCGGUCCACGGUGGCCACCUCGAAAACCAUGAGCCGGCCACGACGGAGGCGACGGCGCCGCAGUCCAAUCGGGCCGCGAGACAGUUUUACCAGCCGUUCAUCGCAUACCAUCCGUAUCCGCAACGCAGAGCGUUCAAAGGGCCCGGUUUGCAGCUGAAGAAGAAACCGAUGAGGACAAAACCAGGCAGGAGACCCAGGCCACCGCGACGACGACCGGCCGUCGGGCCUGCCCAGGCAGCAGUGCCGAUGCCGAUGCAGACGAUGGGCCGGUACAGACGGUUACCGCCACCGAUGCGCACCCAGCAGGUGAACUACAUCGAUUCGACGGGCACGGACUACGAGGACGGCUACGAGUCGGCGCCCAUGACGUCGGUGGACUACGGCGAUUUCGACCACGAUGCGUACGUGUUCGGACAGCCCGGAGCGAUGCAGCAGAUCCCCAGUGGUGGCGGCGCCCCGAUGAUCGCGUCGUCCGGACGGCCGCGCAAGCGUCCGGUCGCCACUGCGAUGGCGUACGCGCCUGAAGAUACGCAAGCCGUCGUGCACGUGCCGGUGCGCGUGCAGGCCCGGCCCGUCGCCGCGAUGUACCCGACGCCGGCGCCCACGACCACGGCCGACCCGAUGGAGAAGCUUAGGCAGCUGGUGCACGAGGCCAUGGACGAGCACUUUGCCAGCCGGCACCAGGGGCUGUACGCGGACGGGUUCGACAAGCAGCCGCACCAUCCGGUGCAGUACAGCGCCAAGUACAAGCGUCAGCAGGUCGCCGAUGACAAGGACAAGGACUUCAGGCAGUCGCAGCCGCAGCACCAGAGUGGCAAGACGACGGUGGACGCGGUCAGAGCGGAAGUGCCGGUCAAGAAGGACGUGGGUUCGUACGCGUCGCCGCACCACCACUCGUCGUCGGACGCGGAAGCAGACGGAUCCGACGACCGGUUGACGUUGGCCGAGAUAUCGGCGUACAUGGGUGCCAAACCGGCCGAGACGGUGCUCAGCGCCGGUGGCCACAAGUACGUGCUGUCUGACGCCCUGCAACAGAGCUACAGGCUCCAGCAACAGCAAAACCAGCAGCACCAGCAGCACCAGUAUCAUCAUCAGCAGCAGUUCAGCGGCGACGACGAACGCGAUCACCAGCAGCAGUAUUUGCGGUACGUGUCGCCGUUCGAGGCCGUCUACGAGUUGCCAGUGGUUCCCCGGUGGAUGUACAAGUAAUAGUCGAGUAUUACGUUUACCGUAUGUCAAGUUUUUUGAUGUACAGAUGCGUAACGAGUACGAGCGCGCCCCAGGACACUUUUCGAGAAUCCUUAUCCCUUGCGCACCAGCGAAAUGUGUCUACGGACACAGGUCUGUAUUAAGCUUCCGCUCACGUCCUUUGCUAUCUUCCAUAAAUCCGUCUGCAAAAUAGCCAUUUUUAAAAUGAUAGAAUUGAACAAAUAUUUAAAUCAAGCAAAUACUCGUGUUCCCUGUAGUGCUCGUAGGGACACGGUUAAAGAAUACCAUAAAAUCAAUUUCCAUUGGAAAUAUUAUACUAGUGUUAAAAUUUUCGUUGUAAUUUUUUAAACAAUCAACUAUUGCAUGGAAUGAUAUACAAAAUAAUCAUGCAUUUUUGGCGAACAACUUCACAUUAAAACACUAAUAAGAGUAUACUAAAGUACGGUUGAAUAUAAACUUAAUGAUAGUGAAUCAUCGCAUACAAAUACAAUUAAAUUCUAAAAACUAAAAUAUGCCUACUGGUUUUGCAAUAUUAUUUGUAUGUAUAAUUCAAGAUAACUAGAUAAGUGUCUGUAACCAUAACUUAUCAAUAAAAUCUUCCUAGCUUUUAAAGAUUUAACUUUAGAAAGGUGGCGUUUGAUCGUAUUAACGCUUUAUAUCAACUAUAAAGAAUAGAUAAUUAUUUAGUGUCAAUUAUAGUUCUUAAUAAUCUUAAAUAUAUUGAAACCAUAGUACUGCGUACUAUAACCAAUUAUAUUAGUGUUUUAUUUUUAUAUAAUUUAUUAAUUUUAUUAUACCAUUCAGUAAGCUCUAUAUCAACACAUUAGCUGUGUUUCUUACUUAUAUUUAUUUAUAUAUUUUACGUUUAUAUAGAUUUUAGUAUACAUUAGUACAAACGUGUACAUUUUGUUAGAUAUAUUAUUAUUAUCUUUUUACAAUUAUCGUGAUUUCUUAUUUACCAAUUAUUCGAUAUACGAAUGAUGCGUAACUAUAUAUUUGAAAACUAUUUGAGUUUCAUCCUUAAAUUACUGUAAUUAUAGGUUUCACAUGUUAAACUUAUUGCUUAUCCUUUCUAUUUGUUUAUAAAUUUCGAUUUCUAUGUUCACACACAUUUUGAUUCAAGUAAAAUGUUUGAUGUUCAAAAAUUGUAUAAGUGGCGUGUAACUAGGAUUUUAUAGGUACAACUAUUCAAGGAUAAUUUCAUAUUAGACAUAUAUACACUAUGCAUACAAUAAGAAUUCGAUUCUGGCAUAAAUAAUAAUAUUGUUUUAAUAUAUUCUUAAAAAAUACCAUUAUUGUACAUAGUUUUUUUGAAUAUACAU